AUGUCGCUGGGGGAGGACUCUGAGUUGCCAAAAUCUGGCUUGAGCUACGACUGGACCAAGCUGGAGGGCCUUUCGGAGAGGGGAGCGUCGGGCCGGUUGAUCGUUGGUCCAGGUGUGUUGACCCGGGCAGAUCUCGAUUUUAACUGGGACGUCGUUGCCAAGGCGAUGGAGUACGUGGGUGCCCGUCCGGCGGUCGACCAGCUGCAAGAUGAUGUGCAGCUUUUUUUCCGGCGCACCAAGAUGCGGUGCAGGAAACCAGUCACGAGUGACUUUUGCCGCAACCAAGCUUGGCGAGUUCGGAAUUUGAUUUCCAUGUUCAACCGGAUUGCCAAGUUGCCUCACCGCCCCAACGAAGAGAACAUUCGAAAGAUUUAUGUUCACUUGGGAAUUCCGAUUCCACCGGGACGGCAGCCACGAUCCAAUGAGACCCUUGAGGACGAUGUGGGAUGUGAGGAGGUCGGCUAUGAAGAAUGUGGUGAGUCGGAAGCUGAAACCGAGGAUGAGGUAUUGGAGCCUGAGCCUUGCAAGGCCCCACAGGUAGAUCCUGAGCCUCCCAGUGUAGCUUCGGACCAGCGCGGUAAUGUCACGACCCAAGAGACUCAAGUGAUGGACGAGUCUUUGAUGAACGAGGCUGCAAGGAGCCUCCAAGAAGACGUUCAGGCGAGGGAGGCGGCAGCUCUCGCUGCCAACGUCUACUCGAAUGAAGCUCCGCAGAAGCUUGGUCCCAAGCGAUUGAGGACUCAGACUGCGGAGUGGCUGCCGCGCAAAGCAUCGAAAUGCGGCAGUGUAGUGAUCAAGCAGGAGCCGGCACCGCGGGUACCCAUCAAGAAAGAGCCCUUGCAUGAGCCAGCAAUCGAGCCCAAGCCUUUGCAUGAGCCAGCAAUCGAGCCAAAGCCUUUGCAUGAGCCAGCAAUCGAGCCAAAGCCUUUGCAUGAGCCAGCAAGCGAGCCAAAGCCUUUGCAUGAGCCAGCAAUCGAGCCCAGGCCUUUGCAGGAGCCAGCAAUCAAGCCCAGGCCUUUGCAGGAACCAGCAAAGACACCAAUCAAGCAAGAGCCGAAGACACCAAUCAAGCAAGAGCCUUUGGAUAAGCCAAUAAUCAAGAAGGAGCCGGAAUCAGAGCAUGCGGAUGAGAAGUUGGGCCAUGCAGCGGAAGAAGCAGGAGAACAUGCCACCCCGAGCCCAGCAGACGAACCCUGGGAUGCAUCAGCCACGACAGAAACAACAGCCGCAGGAGAUCCCAAAGGGGAUGAGGGUGCAGCAGCCACAACAGAAACAGCAGCCGCAGGAGAUCCCAAAUGUGAGAAGGGUGCAGCAGACACAGCAGAAACAGCAGCCACAGGAGAUCCCAAAUGUGAGAAGGGUGCAGCAGCCACAGCAGAAACAGCAGCCACAGGAGAUCCCAAAUGUGAUGAGGCCGACCUGAAACGACCUGCCCUAUUAGAGACGGCUGGGGUCGUGUCACCAGAGCAGCAGAAGAAGAAGAAGAAAGGCAAAGGGAAAGCCAAGAAAGAUGAGGGAGAGAGUGAGGACGACAAGAAGAUCAAGCCAAAGCCCAAAACGAAAGCCACGAAGGAGAAAGAAGAUGUUCCGAAAAGAAAGCCGGGCCGCCCCCGGAAAAACCCGGUUGCCCCGAAGGCCAAAGCCACACCGGCCAAGCCGACAGGCAAGGCUUCCCCAAAGAAGGCAACACCCAAGAAGCGCAAGGCAGGCGAUGACGAGAUGAAUAGCCAGGAUACGAAGCAUUACUCCCCCAAGCAGGUGAGGCCGAAGGCGAAAGCCAAAGCCAAAGCAAAAUCCAAAGCAAAGGCGGCUGCAAAGCCCCGCGAGGAUCGUGAGGCUGUGAAGCGCGGGGCAGCUCCAGAUGGAGGGCUGAAGAGCAGGAAAAGCUGUGCUUAUCAUAAAGCCAAGGCCAUCGCCAUAAAGGAAGGUUGCACGAAAGAGGAGGCAGCCAUUCGGGCCAAGCAAGCCACUCGGUUGAAUCCAAGUGAGAGCGUACUGAUAGCAGUGGUGCUGCUGCUACUCUGGUCGACGAACCUACCGCAGGCCAAAUCCUUUGAUCUUCUCGACCUGUUUUCGGGAGUUGGGAAUGCCUCCAAGUACUGGAAGUCCCAAGGGAAGAAAGUCGCGACCAUUGAGAUUGAUCGGAGUGCCUCCAUGGAUUUUCUCACCGGUGCUGGGUUUGCGCUAGUGUUAUGGUGCAUUAUGCGCGAGAAGCCGACGGCUGUGAACUUGAUGGGGCCAAGACGGUGGAAGGACUCCGAUGGUGUCGAGCGCUUCACAGCUACCGCCAGCCUGAAGGAUGCCGGGGUCUAUCCAAUGGAGCUGGUCAAGCAAAUAUAUGAUGCUUUCACUUCGGACUUUGCCCCGCAUAGUCUGGGUUGCCUACGUCACAAGAACACCGUGAACCCCGACUUGUCCGAUGUGGAGUUGUUCAAGUCUCUGCCAAUGAAAGACCUGUGGGAAGAUGCGGAGCUGCCCUCGGUAUAUUUCUACUUGAGACGGAAUAGGUAUCUUAUGGUACCUCCAUCAUGGGAAGAUACAAUGCAUCACUUUGACAAAGAAUUGAAUGCCAGGGUGAAUUGCCACGGGCACCUCAGGGAGGAGUACAACUCGUUACUUAUGGGGGCGAGCUCAAGUAGCUAA